UUUAUGAUAAUUCUAUCCAUUUUAGCUAUAAUGUGAUUUAAAAGCCUCUGAUUGACAAAUCAGAAUCGAGUAAAUUCCAAAUUCAUGUUGGAAUUUCUAUUUACAUGCUGAAACUACGCAAAUGUUAGAAAUAAUUUAUAUUUUUAAAUCCAUGGAAAACAGUUUUAAACGGCAGCUCUUCCUCCAGUGACGCAAUCAACAUGGGCAUUUUUAAAUCAGUCCACGAUUUUAUUGUCAAAAGUAAAAGAUUCGAAUAGUAGUGAUAAUAAUCUAACUACACUUUGGAUAAAAUAUUUGAAAUUAAGAUACUACAUUCGUGUAGUUCGGUCACCACUAGCUCCAGCUUACGGUUACAGGUUAGCUUUAUGUAUUGUACAUAUAUAGUCAACAUGAACAGGUUUGUAUAAAGUGAUGUACGUAAUGUUUUGCUUGUUUAUCAAUCCAGAUUUCAUUUAAGAAAUAAAAAUAUGUUUAAACCAUAAAAUUCCCAAUUAAAAAUCUUUGCAUGUGAAAAUCAACGAUCACAGUAUUUUACAGGGUUACGACAAUCCAGGUGACACCGUACAUAUUGCACUGGGCCGAGGUAUGCAUAUAUCCUUGCUGGGUGGAUUAUGAUUAUUGGUCGCAUGCACACGUGGUUGUAGGACACCAGUUACCUUCUCGUAGCCCCAUUUGCGAAAUGACAUAUAUUUUGAUUCAUUGAAAAAUUAAGUUCAGAAAGCUGCUAAACAAGGAUUUUUACUGCAUCAGGUUUAAUGGUGAUAAAGUUGAAAAUAUUCACUACGACCACUGAGACCACAGCCAUUUACGAUAAUAUUUAAAAUUGAGCAAUGGGGUGGGUGACAAAGGACAGGCGCGCGCAGGUGACAUAGAAAACGAAAGUAAGUCAAACAGGAAGUCGGGCAACUAGUUCGUGAUGAAUACUUUUUGAUAACGUUUGUUACCCAGGUAGGCUCUGAAUUUAACAACACACAACAUUGUUUGUUUAGAUAUUCAGCCUCACUAGAUAAUACAACCGUGCCUUGAUUGACAGCCAUGGCCAUGUCUCGCCCCGAGUUGGACCAUUCUGCGCUCAUGCCUAAGAAGAAAAGUACUAACUGUGUGACGAUAUGUAUGCUCGGGCCAAGUGAAAGUGGCAAAUCCGAAUUAGUGAAAUAUCUCAUCAAAGGCAACCCUCACAUGAAAAUGGGUGUGAAGGGAGCAUGUUUUGUGUAUGGACUGCGCAUUGAGGACGCAACUCCAGUCUAUCUCAACGUCGUAGAAUGUCGAGGGGACAGAAGCUCCCAACUUCAGCAAGCCUCGAAACUGAAACCCGACGUCUUUUUUGUGCUGUAUGACGUAAAUGCCACACCAAGUUUUAAGGAGAUGAGAAACAAGUGGCUUCCCGAAUUGUAUCCAAAAGAUGUCCCUACCAUCGUCAUUGGAAACAAGCUAGAUAUGCCCUCAGAAACUGUCAAUGUAAAGCUACCAGGCGUCGCAAAUAAAGGAUGGUUGUCAGGACAUAUGGAGAUUUCUUCCAUUACUGGUCAAAACAUUGAUCGCUUGAUACAAAUCACAGUUGAGGUCGUAACAGGUUUGAAAAUUCAAAGCCAAACAGACACCAUUUCUCAGAGGAUGUCCGCAUGUUCAUUAUCUGACCAGCCACAGACUUUGUCUUCUUACGCAAUGAACAAAUCUCCCAAAGGUGUCUGCCUCAUAAUCAGCAUCAGAUCUUUCCAAAAUGGUAAUUCCUACCGACAUGGCACUGAGACUGACGAAAGCGGCUUAAAGGAAGUGCUUCAACAAUUUGAUUUCAUAAUUGAGGUAAAGACAGACUUGCAGCAAGCCGAAAUACUACAAACUUUGAAACAAAUGUCCCAGUUUGACCAUGCGAACUACAAUUGUUUUAUCUGUGUUGUAAUGUCUCACGGGUCGUCAAAAAACAUUACUGCAUCAGAUGGUUUAGAUGUAAACGUUGACCAGAUUACCAAACAGUUCACAGCUGAGAAUUGUCCUUCACUUCGGGGCAAGCCCAAGGUGUUUCUGUUCCAGGCCUGUCGGGGUAAGCAUGGACAAGCAUCUCUUCCUCACGAGACUGACUCGUGUUGUGGCGACAUGGAGGACGAUGCCACGGUCUUUGUUCCAAACGAGGCUGAUUUCCUGAUCGCCCGGUCAACCGUUGACGGCUACGUGUCAUAUCGUGACAGUACCAAGGGAUCUUACUUCAUUUCAAAUCUCGUGGAGAUACUGAGAGCCAACCCUGAACUCAGUCUUGUGACGUGUCUCACCUUGCUGAAUGCACGAGUUGCUGACCUAAAAUCUCCGUCGGGGAUAACUCAGAUGCCAUGUUUCCACACCACUCUCAGGAAGGAUCUCGUUCUGGGACGUUAAGUCUGAAAACAGAAAGCCUGAACGGGUACAGAAGGCAACACGAAGAGUGACAGAGGUUCCUACUGACCAUUUUUAAAGUACGUUCCUGCACUCAAAUCUUCCAGCAUCGACCUAGGUGUCGCGGCGUCAGCGUCUGCAAACACCUAAGAAACCAAAUUACCACUCGACCAAAGAAGUUGACACUUGCCAUAAUAUUAUUACAAUCAUGUCACUCCAGUCGUUGAAGAGGAUGCAAUCCGAUGUUCAACAUGGACAACACGAGAGACUGGUGUGAUUCAAAAUGGCUAUACGUAGAUUCACGUUUUUCAAGGCAGUGCCCUCAGCAUUCAACUUCAGUAAUCUUAGAUGGUGUUGCCAAAUGUUUUCUCCUUUGUUCUCGGGAUCUUGUGCAUCAAAUGUACUAUUGUACUACCAAAGAGCAUUUGUGCUUUGUUGCAUAGUUUGUCCAUGUAUUUGCAAUAACACGGUAAAAUGUAAUAAACUGGUGAAUUGAAUUAAAGCUGCAGUAAAAUGAAAUAAUGCGACAACUUGUAAUAACGCUGCUGUAAAAUAAAAUACUGCUACGAAAUGUAAUAAGGGUGUAAAAUAAAAUACUGCUGGUAUGUGCAACAGAUAAGUGUCUCUGGUCCAAGCAAUGAUAUCUCUAAAUUCUGAAUGACGCUGUCAAUAUAAGGAUUUUAUAGCUUAUAUAGCAGUAUCCAACAUGGUAUAUAUGUUUAUAAGAUUUCCCAUGUACAUUUGCAGGUUUUGCGAGAUCAGUUUUUUCAUUUAACGUUUAAUCAAAGACAUUUACCUUUACAAACCUGACCACAUUAAAUGUAAGUGUCAUACCGGUCAAAGGUAACGAUUAGUCUUGAUUAUAUUAUAACACUCUCAACCACAUCCAUCCUCCAUUACAUCCUCCCUCCACCACACCCAACACCCACCACAUCCACCCUCCAUCACUUCCACCCACCACACCCACCCUCCAUCACAUCCACUCUCCACCUCAUCCACCCUCCUAGACCGCCUCCGUGGUCUAGUGGUAGUGCGUCCGCCCGGAGAGCGGAAGGUCCGGGUUCGAUCCCCGGCCGUCAUACGAAAAGACGUUAAAAGAUUGUACUUGUUGUUACCCUGUCUGGCGCUCGGCAUAAAGGGGCUAAAACAAGGACUGGUCGACAAGUCAUUGUUGAGAGGACAUCACGUUUAGUGAAGUCAUUGUUCAGAAUGUCAGGUUUAGUUACGUCAUUGAUGAGAGGUCGCCCGUUUAGCGAUGUCAUUGUUGAGAGGAUACCUCGUUUAGUGAAGUCAUUGCUGAGAGGAAAUCACGUUUAGAUAAGUCAUUGUUGAGAGGACAUCACGUUUAGAGAAGUUAUUGUUGAGAGGACAUCACGUUUAGAGAAGUCAUUGUCGAGAGGACAUCACGUUUAGAGAAGUUAUUGUUGAGAGGAUGACAUGCUUAGUGAAGUUUCUCUAUGUUUGUAAAUGUAUAUGAUUUAUACAAUACAAACCCAGUCCCGUCUAUCGUUUCAGACGCGGGUAGAUAAUAAUCGAAAUCAUUGUAACUGAAGGCGACUAUUCAGCAUCAAAUUCCACAGCUCAAAGCGCACGAUAUUAUUAGCCCAGGCAAAGGAUCAGUGUGCAUUCCACAAUGGCAUUCCCAGUUCCCUUGGGGGGUAUAAAACCCAAGGAUAUUGUAAGGCGCUAGAUAUGCUUUGCAUUCUCAAUACCAUCCCAAACGGAUACCAUUCGCUGACGGGUUAACAAUGACAAACUGCGACCUAGAGGACACAAGUCUGUUUUUUUAUACAUAUAAUGGCAUUCCAAAAAAAGAGCUUUAUACAUACGUUGAAUUAUUUAUGGGCGAAUAUUUUUUCAGAUAUAAACAAAGAUUAACUGUU